AGAAAAUAUUGAGUGGGCGUUAUGUCUACAAUAAGUUGAACCAUUUUGCAAAGGUGUGGCAUUCAUUGCUUGUUCUGUUUUUACGACGUGAGCUCAGUGAUGGGUUUUAUAGCAAAUAAUGGUCUCACGGGCAGUCUCUUUUGGACUGUCCUUAUCACAUGUCUUGGAUCAUCAUUUCUUAUUGGUUAUAACCUUGGAGUGCUAAAUCUGCCGAGAAGAAAUAUUGAGGCAUACUUCAAUGAAACAGUUGUUCCAAACACACCAGAAUUGGAUUCCAACUUCUUCUAUACGCAUACCAGUACAAUUUUUGUCGUUGCUGCUGCAAUAGGCGCGUUCAGCUGUGGUUGGGUAGCUGAUGGCUUUGGUCGACGUAAUGGUUUAAUUCUCAAUAACAUAAUUGGUAUUAUUGGUGGAGUUAUUGUUGGUCCAUGUGUUCUUGUCAAACAACCUGUUCUCCUAUUCGUCGGUCGUUUUGUUAUCGGUAUCAAUAGUGGGAUAACAAUCGGUAUUGCCUCACUUUAUCUAACUGAAGUUGCUCCACGUGAUUUACGCGGUGGAAUUGGAGCUUGUCAUCAGUUGGCUGUAACCAUUGGAAUCGCCUUCUCUUAUUUCAUUACAUUUUCAUUUCUGCUUAACACUGAAAAUCUAUGGCCUCUUGCUGUUGCUUUAGGAGCACUUCCAGCUGCGACAUCCUUGGUAACAUUACCAUUUUGUCCUGAAAGUCCAAGAUUCUUAUACAUGAAACGUAAUAAUGAAUCAGCAGCACGUAAAGCUUUCCUAAGAUUGAAUACUAAAGAAAAUGUUGAUACAUUUAUUGGUGAACUUCGUGAAGAAUUAGAAGUUGCAAAAAAUCAACCUGUUUUCAAGUUUACUCAACUUUUCACGCAAAGAGAUCUACGCAUGCCUGUACUUAUUGCUUGCCUUAUUCAAGUCUUGCAACAAUUAUCUGGAAUUAAUGCGGUUAUUGCUUAUUCCUCGCUUAUGUUGGAAUUGGCUGGUAUUAAUGAUGAUUACUUACAAUACUGUGUCUUCGCUAUCGGUGUGUUAAACGUUAUUGUGACGGUUAUUUCUCUACCGCUGUUGGAACGUGCUGGACGUCGAACACUACUGUUAUGGCCAACAGUAUCACUGGCCUUAUCGUUAUUACUUCUUACAAUCUUUGUCAAUUUAGCAGUUUCAGGUCCUGAACAGUAUAGAACUGCUAUGGGAAUUGUAUCGUGUGUUUUGAUCUUGGUAUACAUCUGUAGUUUUGCGCUUGGUUUGGGUCCAGUUCCUGCACUUAUUGUAUCAGAAAUCUUCAGACAAGGUCCUAGAGCAGCUGCUUAUUCGCUUAGCCAGUCUAUUCAAUGGUUGUCGAAUUUGAUUGUUCUGUGCAGUUAUACCGUUAUACAAAGAAAAAUUGGCGGCUAUUCAUUUCUCCCAUUUCUUGUCAUCGUUGUCAUCUGUUGGAUAUUCUUCUUUCUGUUUAUGCCUGAAACUAAAAAUCGUACAUUUGAUGAAGUCGCUCGUGAUCUUGCCUUUGGUAAUAUUGUCGCCUUCAAACGUACUACAGCCCUGGAGGAUCGUAAUUUGACCAUCUUUACUAAACAAGGCAAUACUGCCUCGAAUGCGGAUGGACCAGCUUCUGAAUCUCUUCUCUAUUCAAGAAAUACCAAUAAUAAUGAUAAGGGUACAUAUGCGUAAAAUAAACAUCAUUGCUUUUGUCUAUCACUCUCUCUUUCUCUCUUCUGAUUGAUUAUAUAGGGAACUACUAUACGAAUCUCUCUCCCCUUAAGCAGAUAUAUACAUAUAUAUAUAUCCUUAUGUGUUUGUGUAUAAUUUUAUGCUAGUAUGUAUGUAUGUAUGCAUGUUUGACAGCUGCUUGGAAUCCUUCUUUUUGGAUGUAUUGCUUGUGCGCUCACAUAUGUAUAUGUGCACAGUAUGUGUGCUUCUCUGUAUGUGUGUGUGUGCUUUUCAUCGCUCGCUCAUUAUUGGUACUCGCGUGAAAUUUCGUCAGGAGGUUUCUUUCACCUUUUCGUUUUGGGUAUUUAUUGUAUAAUCAAUCACACAUACGUAUAUAAACACACUUAUUUUGUUUUUAUCAAACUUAACACUGUGUUGUUAUGAUCACUUAUUUUCGCUUAUUUGUUGUAUUUCGCUUCAAUAAAUUGUUUGUUGUUUAUUUUUCGCCAAUUCAUGCCUACAUAUAUGAUAUUAUUAAUAGUGGUACUCAUUUUUCCAUUGUAAUUCUAUACAACAGGAGUUUCAAGAUCAAAGGAUGUUGUUUCACCUAACCCUGAAUAAAAAGAAGGGGUAUUAGGGGUAUAUAAACAACAUUGUUACUUGAGAAAAAUAGGAUAGAAGAGAAUAAAUAUCAUCGUCAAGUCAAUUUUGGAUGAGAUGACGAUGGGAAAUUGAUCUCCCCCUUAUAUAAUAAAUCGUCCAUCAACGCCCUUCCCGCCCGCCAACUCUCCUUCCUACCCUCCUCUUCUCACAUUCUCUUCAUGUCUGUGCAAUCUUUCUUUACCAAUUUUACAUUGUUUUUUUUAUUAAAUUUUAUCCUAUCCGGUUUAGUUUUUAAAACAAAUUCAUUAGAGACUAUUUCGUCUGUUUCAUUCUUACUUUUAGUUUGUUUUAUCUUGUCUUGUUUAAUUGAUUUCAUUGUUGAAACCCCCUGUGAUGACGUUUCAACUUGCGUAAAAAGCAUGUUUUUUAAGUCCCACCCCCUUCCCCCCAUGACCCAAUGCAAACAAUUAGAACAGUUAAGCAGUUGUUAAUUGAUUUAUUUCUUUUUGUCUGUCUCUAUUCUAAUCUGUCGCUAUAUAUGUGUGUGCAACAAAUGUUCUUGAUUUUUUUUGUUUUGUUUUUUAUUUACCCACACCCCGAAUUCACCACCCAACCACCCCCAAUUUCACACAAACACAUACAUACUAAUGCUUAUGUCAUUAAUGCCAGAUUCGUAAAGUAUAAAAUCUUUUUUUCAUCAUAUAUAGUAUUGUGUAUUCUUGUUAAAUUCAUGUUGUCUCAGUCUUUACGGUUAUGAUAACAACUGGGAUCUCUAGGAGGUGAAGAUUAGGCG